UCUAUCGCGCCUGGUCAUUGCCGCACGUCAAUGUCGGAUGUCCUCAGUGCUUGUGGCGGCGUUAACCAUCCGGCCGGAUACGCGCUCGUCCGCCGUGCGAUCGGUUGUUUUUUUUAUAUUGAUUUUGUGUGCGUGAUCGCCGUGAAUUAUAUUUAUUGGAUUUCGAACGUAAAUUUGAACGUCUGCGCUAGUGCUGCGAGCUGUUCGUCCGCCGUAAGCACCGUGUGCCGUUUUUGUAUGUUUGUUCGCUGUAGAAAACCGUUGUCCAUUAUCGACGUAAUUGUGUGCACACUGCACUUAUGGACCGGUAAGCCGCGCUGUUGCGUAACCCCCGUUCGUGCGUCCAUAAGUUGCCACGUCGCACGUUUCGUUUAUCUACAGCGACAACAGUGCGCGAAAUAUUAGUUAUCAAUUAUCCUAUUAUCAACACUACCCGGAUCGGCGGCGAAUACGACGGUGAUACCAGCCGGCAGCCGUGACCAUUUCAUACCUCAAUCAAUGAAAGUAGAAGAGGUCAAAACAGAAAAUAAUUAUAAUAUGCCUAAUAUUCAAUUGAACCAUUUCAUGAUUCAAUCAGUGAAAGUGGAAGAAAUCAAAACAGAAGAUAAUCAUAAUAUGUCUAAUAUUCAAUUGAACCAUUUCAUACCUCAAUCAGUGAAAAUGGAAGAAAUCAAACCAGAAGAUAAUCAUGAUAUGUCUAAUAUUCAAUUGAACUAUUUCAUACCUCAAUCAGUGAAAGUGGGAGAAAUCAAAACAGAAGAUAAUCAUAAUAUGUCUAAUAUUCAAUUGAACCAUUUCAUACCUCAAUCAGUGAAAAUGGAAGAAAUCAAACCAGAAGAUAAUCAUGAUAUGUCUAAUAUUCAAUUGAACUAUUUCAUACCUCAAUCAAUGAAAGUAGAAGAGGUCAAAACAGAAAAUAAUUAUAAUAUGUCUAAUAUUCAAUUGAACCAUUUCAUACCUCAAUCAGUGAAAGUGGGAAAAAUCAAAACAGAUGAUAAUUAUGGUAUGCUUAAUAUUCAAUUAGACACACCAAUAACGUACAAUAACCAAAUAAAAGUUUUACCAACAAGACGUAAAAUAGUACCAAUUGACAUCGAGCAAGAAUUGCUUAUUCAUUCUAAUUCGCGAUUACCCAUAUUAGCACAAGCACAACCAAAGUUGAUUCAAUUAUCUAAUGGGAAAUCAUUCAUUUAUCAACCAUCAAUAAAUGUUGGUAUAGCUCAAGUUAUUGAUCAGCCACAACAACCACAACCAACCUUAAUUAAUAAAAAUGGAUAUAUAAUACAGUUGGGUAGUACAGUAUGUAAUGAUUUUCCAACAGUAGUUGCUCAACCAGUCAUUUCUACUACUGUAGGACAAGCAGUACCUCAACAAAAUAUUUUAAAGACAGGUUUAAGAUCAGAACCACUUGAAAAAACCUCAAAUUUUAAUGCAAAACAGUAUCUUAGAAUAAUGAAAAGAAGGCAAGCUAGAGCCAAACUAGUAGCUGAAGGAAGAAUACCAACAAAACGACAAAAAUAUUUGCAUGAAUCUCUCAUAGACAUGCUAUAACUCGAUUGCGAGAAGAUAAUGGUUAUUUUGCUUAGAAUUCAUCUCAGAAAAAAACGUCAACCACUGAAGUUCAGCAAGAACAACAUAGUAUAAUAGUCCAAUUAUCAAGGAUUGUUACUCUCUGACUGUUGAUGAAACAUUUGAUAACAUAAUAUAAUAUCAACAAUUAUAUAAAAUUUAACUUUGAUGUUUGAUUAACUUUUUCCAACACCUCAGAUGUCAACAACAUAAUUUUUCCAGGACAAUCAAUUUCUAGUGUACCAAUUAUUACAUUAGUUACAUA